AUCCCACUCCACGGAAAAGUAAACCACAAAACUCGUCACAUCAUCGCCAGCGAAGAAACAAAAAGCCACACAAUCCCUCAAAACACAACACACCCAACCCCACCCCCCCACCACCAGCAAAACAACAAAAGCCAAAACGAGAUGCAAAAGACCAACCUGCCCGACUUACGACAAGAGACGAAACACAUCAGAGACGACAACACUUGCAGGGGAGCGCCGCCACCCCCACCAAAAAGGCAACGCAGAGAAAAAACCACCGGUCCAACGGACCGCAAGAUGGUCGUCAACGCUCUGAAUUCAGACGUAAAGGCUUACAUGGCCGACUUUGAGGCCACAGACUCCAACGGCCCUACAUGGCAGAACAUGAUCCAAGGACAAGUCAACUUGUACGAUGCGAUUCGGCGUCAGGUCGACUUCAACCUCGGCCCUAAAGAGUACAAGUUGCGAACAGACCGGCCGCCGCCUACUCUGCUGGCUCGCACGCGCGGGUGGCAUCUUGUCGAGAAGCACUUUACCGUCAACGGGGAACGCAUGUCGGGCGCCUUGUUCGACUUUGGGUUGUAUUUCUUCCACAACGCGAAGGAGCUGGUUUCCAGGGGUGCCGGUCCUUACUUUUACCUGCCAAAGAUGGAAUCGCACCUCGAAGCUAGGCUGUGGAACGACGUGUUCGUCGUGGCGCAGGACUACAUCGGUAUUCCCAGGGGGACGGUAAGGGCCACCGUCUUGAUCGAGACUAUCAACGCAGCAUUCGAGAUGGAUGAGAUCAUCUACGAACUCCGCGACCACAGCGCCGGCCUAAACUGCGGCCGAUGGGACUACAUCUUCAGCUUCAUCAAGCAGUUCCGAAACCACCCGGGCUUCGUGCUCCCUGACCGCAGCGACGUGACCAUGACGGUGCCCUUCAUGGACGCCUACGUACGCCUCCUGGUCGCGACGUGCCACCGGCGCGGCGUGCACGCCAUGGGCGGCAUGGCGGCGCUGAUCCCGCGCAAGGACGACGCCGCCGCCAACGAAAAGGCCAUGGCCAGCGUCCGCGCCGACAAGCUCCGCGAGGUGCGCGCCGGGCAUGACGGCACGUGGGUGGCGCACCCUGCGCUGGCGUCCAUUGCCUCCGAGGUGUUCGAUGAGUACAUGCCCACUGCGAAUCAGACGUUCCGUAGGACCACGCCAGAGGUGACGAGGCAGGAUCUUCUGAAUCCGUCGGUGCCGGGGAAGACUACCGAGGACGGGAUUCGGAAAAAUGUGCAGGUUUGUUUGCUGUAUAUGGAGGCGUGGCUGCGUGGGGUUGGGUGUAGUGCCAUCAACUAUCUUAUGGAGGACGCAGCAACUGCAGAGGUAUCACGAAGCCAGCUUUGGCAAUGGGCACGACACGGCGCCACCACGGCCGAGGGAAACAUAAUCGAUAAGAACAAGGUGCUCAGCGUGCUUGACGACCAGACCAACGAGCUUCUCUCCUCUGCAUCUAAGGGAAACAAGUUUGAACGCGCAGCCACGUAUCUCCGGGAUGAGAUCACUGGGAACACAUACUCCGACUUCCUGACAACGUAA